AUGCCGAUGGAUCAUCCCCUUAGCUCCGAGGACUUCAGCAUUCCUACUCAUUCAAGUGCGUCCACCACCCUGCGCUGCUGCUGUGGCCGCAAUGAUUGUGCCUUGCUCGAGCACAAUAACGUGGCUCUCGAGGGCUUGGAGAAAGACCUUGAGACCGCUGCAAGAUUAGGACAGGCCUUGCUUCACCGCCAUGAAAGUUAUAUGGCUGAAGCGGAAGAGGACCGCCAUCGUUUAGUCGCCAAUAUUGACGAACUAGAAUGCGAAAAGCAACAAGUUCAAGCUGAAAAUGCGCGGAUCAUCGAAGAGAACCGCAGUUUACUAGAGCAACUCAACAGCCUAAAUCAAGCGGUCGCCGAUUCCGACGAUCAUGUCAAGUCUCUAGAACGCAAAUUAGACACCGCAGAGUAUGAGUUGCGAAGACUGACAGUAGCAGCAACGCGCGCUGCUGAGCUCGAGGCUCAACUGGCCCUUAUGGAAACAGAACAAUCUAAAUUACAGGAAAGUCUUGCGUCAGCACAUGAAGAUGAGAAAUCUGCAGUCCAACGGUGGAGACAAGCAGAAAAUACUCUGCGAGACCUUCAUGAUCAAGUCGAUCGUAUUGAGAAAGAAGCUCGAGAGGAGAGCGAGCGACAUACGGAACUCGUCCAGCGUAUGGAACGCAAGAGGGCCGUCGAGCGCGAACUAGAUAAUGCAGCAGGCCGCCUCAAGGGUGCCGCCGCCGCUUCCGAACUCAGUCGCAACGCCGGUGGCACCAAUGUGGUCUCUCGCUUCGUCAAGGACAUAUUACAAGACAAUGCCAAUCUGCAAGUUGGCAUAAUGGAACUACGUGACAUGCUUCAAAGCUCGAAUGAAGAAGUACAGAACCUACGGGAACAGGUGAUAUCUCAUCAGCCGCUGGCCGGCAUCGAUGAAGAGGAAACCACCCCAUCAAGGUCUUCCACCACGUUGAGCGAAGAGCUAGCAGAAAAAGAAGAACGACGGGUGUCUCAGGAAUUCCACAUUCAUCAUCAUUACCACACACCGACUCCGGCGACGAAAAAGGGAAAAAAGCACACUCAACCGUCGCGUCAAAAAGCGCCGCCCUGCUUUGGUGAGCCCGGUAGCAAUGCACUCUGCGAAUCGCUCACAUUCUCCCCGGAGAGCCAUUCAUCGCUCUCAGUCGUCUGGCUCCUCUAUGUCCACCAUUCUGUCACAAACCUCUGUCUCUAUUCCGCCUCACUCCUCCCGCCGCUGUCACAUGCUGCGGACUCGUUGGCAAGCUCCCCUCGGUCCGCGUUUCGGACGUCAUCGAUAUUUGAUCGUGUUGAACGCGGCGCUGAUUUCUCCCAGGCCACAAGCCCUGAAAGUACCGCCUUUUCGUCUCCUAUGAUGAGCGCACGAAACCUUAAAGGCCUUGAUAUGUCAUUCCGGCCGAUAGGCGACUUCGAUAACCACUUUCAACCCGAUGAUCUAUCUGCAUUUGACGAUGAUCUUUAUAACCGACAGGACUUCUCGAAAAUGGGUGAUAAUGUUGUCAGAGAGCCAGCUAUUCUAGAAGAAUCCGAACCAUCUCCAUCGGUGGCGUACUUCGAAUCGCAGAUAGGCGAACCAUGCACGACCACCGAGGGUGAUAUUUUUGCCAUACAUGUACAGUCUUCAUCGUUGCGCAGAUCAUCUUCGCAUGACAGCUUGCUCUCCGUCUCCGUUGCUGGUAUGGACAUUCAUACUCCUACUAGCCGUCACAGGCGAAUGGGUGACUGGCAUCCUGGCAUGCGGAUUCCUCGACGCAUCUUGUCACCCAGCGUCGAACUAUCGUCAACCCCGCCAGUGAUCUCCGCACCUGCCAUCACAGCCGACCGCGCAAAAAGCUCAGAGCAGACAUCCCAGUCAUUGCUUGCGUCUAUGGCUGCAGCGCAUCAAAACAAGGCCGAUACCGCAUCCAUUGCAUCUGCAGACAGCGCUAGCACCAGUACAACCUCAACCCCUGGGCCCCGCAAGUCAACGUUAAGUCGCCGCGUGGGUGGCUGGGUUCUUGGCCGUUGGGGCAUGGCACCAGUUCUAUCAGACGGUGACUCGCCUGAUCAAGUGCAAUCCUCCAAUACGUCUGUGGCAUCGUCACCUUCUGUAUCUGCGUCAGCUGUGUCUGCAUCUGCUGUGUCUGCAUCUGCUGUGUCUGCAUCUGCUGUGUCUGCACCUGCUGUAUCUGCACCUAAACCUGACCCACUGGCCCUCCGCUUCAGGCACCCAGGCGUGAACCAGAAAGGCCCAAUAAUGGGUCUACGCCCCCCACCUCCCGCUCCGAUCUCCAUUCAUGCACAGAGCAUCGAUGAGAACUUACUACGGGAGAGUCUAGUCGAUCAAGACUGCUAG